AUGAGCAUGAUCCAUGCUGCUGACAUCAUAUUCCAUCUUCAUGAGAUCUAUAGAGAAGGCACACGCAACAGGCGCUACAGUGCAGUGUGUGAGCUUUUGAAGAUCAAGAUGGUCAAGGAACCACCAAUUCACCAAGAUGGGCUGAAGAUGAUUGGACUCAUUGAGCAAUUGCAAAGUCUCAACAGUCCACUGGACCAUAAUUUGGCCAUUGACAUCUUCCUUGCGUUCCUUUCUGAUUCCUUAUCCUAG